UAAUGAAUCUCGUGAGGCAGCACGAAUAAAAACCCAUCUCUAUUAUCAAAUACCAGUGUUUUUGUUGCAUUGUUUAUUAAUUUUUCGAUUUGGAUAUCUGCACUGCACCGAUAAUGGAUAUAAGUGCAGAUGUAGAGCAGAUCAUAGCCAAGGCGCCGAAUUGGAACAUCGAGGGUGACGUCGCCCUCUUGGAGUUGAUGAAGCGCAUUUCCCAGAAUUUGAAAGAAAGGGGUGAGAAGACUUCACGCAACUUUCAAGAGUUCGAGACCAGCGUCAAACGUGCAGAUAUAGCCCUUAACAAUGCCACGAACAGCUUGCGCGCCCUCCAGUUUGGUCAUCAGUUUGUGGAAUAUAGGGUGGAAGAUGUUAAGGACGAAGAUUUGGCCAUGCCCCAGGUUAAAAAGAAGCCUGAGACCCCACCCAUGAGCUCGGAGGAAAUGGGCAAAAAGUUUUUGGAGAACAACUUGAAAAUGCUCCGCAAGAACUACGAACCGGUGACCAUCGAAGUGCCGGAUUCAGAUGACGAGGAUGCACCAGUCACCACUACCACGGUGUUCCGAGCCAAAGAUCCGUACGACGCCAUUCCACUGCCUUAUAUUAUUGGAUCUAAAGAGUGGAAUGAUCACAAAUACGCUGGACUUUAUGACAGUAGAGAAAAUAGUGAGGAUGAAAGGUCUGAAGAGUUCUCCUCAAGUUCAUCUGAUGAGAGGGAACCUGUACCAAAGGCCACCCCAACAACAAAGCUUGCGAACAAACCCGUUGAGCCUCACUUGUCGGACUCCUCUUCAUUAGCCUCGUUGGCUAAGGAACCAACACUUAUAUCUCCUUCGAAGGUCCCCAAUCUUCUUCCUGUAACAUCAACGUUACCGGCUGGUCCGGUCACGGAGCCUGCCCCAAGGUCUUCACAGCCGCGUCCCAUUAUAAGCAGUCAAAGGAACCCGCAUGAGCAUGAUAUGUUUGCGGCGCUGCGGCAAUCACCGCCAAGCGAUGAUCCGCCAUCGACUUCCUCCUCCCCAAGAUCUUCACCAGCUUUUGGCAAUGCUCCUGGGCGGAUGCCAAAGGUAUCGACGGCAUCGAUCAGUUCCAGUAGCAACAGCCCGGCACAUCAACCGCCACCAAUACUCUUUGAUGAAGCCAUUGCCCCCCCGACCUCCAAGGCAGCUCAGUCCCCAGAAACUCCCAAGCCAGCUGAAAUCAAGCCAAGCCAAGUUAAGCGCAAGCCUGUGAAUAUUUUCAGCGAUGAUGAAUUUAAUUCGUUUAUGUCGGAAAUCACACAGAAGGUGCAAGCUAAGGCAGGAAACAGUUCAAAUAACACACCAACUGAGACUGUGAGUCCCAGUAAGGGUUUGCCAAAGAAAACACAGCCUGAAGCGCAGAAAGUUACAUCGGAAAGUCCUACAAAAAUAAAUCCAAUUGCUCCAACACCCUCUGUACCGAAACGAGUGAAUUUAUUUGAUGAUAGCCCACCUUUAAGUCCAACACCUACCCCCAGCUCGACAUCGACAUCAAGAGAAAUCCCACCUAAGGCCGCCGAAAAGAUUCCAAUCAAAUCCCAUUCUCAUGAUGCUCCUGCCUCAAGAACAAUGCAGACAAGUGACCUUCCGUCUAAGAAACCACCAAAAGGAUUGCCGAAAUCAUUAUUUGAUGAUGAUUUGGAGGACGACGACUUCUUGAGUUCAUUUAACCCGAAACCAAAGCCACCAGAACAAAAACAAAAACCAAAAUCCCUAUUUGAUGAUGAUGAUUUGGAUGUAGAUGAUAUUUUUACCAAACCAUCCACUAAACCAAACACUCUCUCAAACAAAGUAGCAGGCAAAUCCAGCUUAUUUGAUGACGAUGACCAAGAUGAUGUCACGGAUUUGUUUGGCUCCAAGAAACUAACCACAAAGAAACCCGAAGAGUCCCCGCCAAAGACUCUGCUUGAAAAAAGGGCUGAAGUUCCAUCUCCCAUCGUCCAUAAAAAAGGUCUGUUUGACGAUAUUGAGGAUGAAGAUUUGUUUGGGACACCAAAGGCUAAGAAUUUGUUUGCGAGAAAUGAGAAGAUUCUCCCUGUUUCACCAGAAAAAGCUCAAGGGGAUGUAGAACAAGAAAGUGAUUUCAAAGAGAUUAAAAAAAAGGCAUUUGAGAACAAAGAUUUUAGUCAAGUAGUACCGGAUGAUACGCCGAUUCCCAUUCUUAAGGAUAACACUCAAACCACUGUAAGUGUAGACACACAAGAGGCUAAGGAUGAGUUAUUCCCUGCCGUCCCUCAAUCAGCUUCCAAAAAACCUACUGAUUUGUUUAAGGACGAUUUCAGUGAUGAUGAUUCAUUCUUGACAAUGUCAAAGCCCAAGGCUAAGCCUCAAGACUCUAGUGAGAAGAAACCAACGAUCAAACCUGUUGAAAGGAAGUCAGUGCCUCAAAGGCAAGACAUUCCUAUUCCACAAAGCGAACCAGAUAAGUUAUUUAGUGAAGAAAUAGUCGAAGAUGACACCUUUUUGGAUGAAUCCAAGCCGAAGAGUAAUCCAAAUGCCCCUGAAAAUACAAAGAAAAUUAUUGAACCAACUGAAGAUUUGAUCAAAAAUAUUGGUCCGGAGGAGAUUCCGACGGAUCAGAUAGAUACAGAUCCAGUUAAGAAACAAAAUGAUAGCUUAGCAGACACGUUCUCCCCAAUCUCCGAGACCCCACCGCCCGACGACCAUCAAAAGGAUCAAGAUCCAGUUAUCGCAAUGGUGGCCGAUAUAACCAAUAAGUCACCGAAAGCAGAGUCCAAGCCGCGUCCUGCAGCGGAUCUUGCCGCAGCUCAGCAGAUUAUGCAGAACUACACAAGCCUCUUUUCUGAAGAACCGCCCGAUGAUAGCGAGUUUUUCCAGACGCUCGGAAGCAGCGGAUUGAGCAGCUUAAGUGCCUCAAAAAUCUUUGACCACGAACAGGACUUCUUUGAACCAGCUUUGCCCAAGGUUCCAAGUGUCACUAAAUCAUCUGUGGUGUCACCAAGCGAAGUCCUCCCUUCGCCAUCCGAUUAUGGAGGCAUGCGCUUGUUCAGUGAUGUUCCUCCCGAAGACAUUGACGAAGUAGAGCCAGAAAAGAAUGUGGAAUCUCAAAAGGUUCAGUCCUCGUCCACCACCACCCGUAUUCAUACGAUUUUCUAUGACGAUUUUAGUGAAACAGCUAGGGCAGGAACAGUGCCCACAACUCCGAUACAUUCCGGGUUCGAGGAGAAGCCACCUCCAGCCGACGAGCCCGAUCGUAGCAAAGGGAAGGAAGCCUCUGAAUUGCCAACUCCGACAUCUCCUGUAAAGAAACUUAAAAUGCCCAACAUCAAUAUCAAUGUGCAGGCCCUGCUUCCUGGCUCAGGAGUUCGGCCCAAAGUACUCAAAAAGCAAGUGACUCCGCAUUCGGAAGAAGAAGCUGCCGUUCCAACCCAGGCUGAAAUCUUAGUAACUAGCCCAAAGGAACCUGUCACUCCCCAAUCGGUGACAGACGGUGGUCUGCAGCAUGUAAACAAGACCCGUGCCCGGGGACCCCCACGCCGACGACCCUCGACCAGAAAGGGAAGAAAGGAAAACUAUGAGAAGAGCUUGCUAGAAGAUGAAAGGAUAAAUCAAGAAGAGGAAGGAUCAACUUCCGCCCAGCCAGCUUCAAAACCGAAUUUGUUAUCUUCUCCGGGAGCCCUUUUCGACGAGCCUCCAGAGGAUCUUCCUACACCCGAGAAGGCCCCAGUUAUUACCAAAAAACCUACUCCUCCCACGAUAACUAAAUCUUUCUUGGAUAGCCCCGAUGAAGAUGAUUUUCUAUUCAAUCCUGUCAAGAAACAGUCAUCUGUCGUGGCAAAACCAGUUUCAAUUCCAACCAAUUCAACAACUGCAAUUCAUAACGAGCCUCCAGAGGAUAAAGCACCACUAAAAGUUCCAACUAGCCGGAAGAAUGUAUCCUUUUUGGACAGCUCAGAUGAAGAUGAUUCUCUGUUUAAAACAGAGAACAUACGGCCGCCGGUGGGAAGGAUAGCUCCUCCUGUGGCAAAAUCUAUUGCUAGCGAUACUUCGAAGGAUCUACCGAAGAAUAUCAUGAUUCCAAAGGCAGGAAGCUCCUUUUUGGAUAGCGACAACGAAGAUGUUUCACAGUUUUCGUCAGUGAAGCCUCUGUCAGUUCCUCCAGCCAUGCCAAAGCCGGCUUUGGCGACCGAGACGGUUUCUGCUCCUGAAAGGAAUGUAUUUGCUCCCCCCAAUCCCUUGAGGACAAAUGAGCCACCUAAAUCCCAAUCCAAAACAGCCCCAAUAAAAUCCAUCAAAUUAUUCGACGACAGCGAUGAUGAUGACGACCUGUUUGCCACAUCAAGUGUGCCUGCACCCGUUCCCACUGCCCAGACCACCUCCCAACCAACUUUGCAAAGAAAACCGCCAUCCAAGCCGAAGGCUUCUCUGUUCAGCAGCGAUGAAGAUGACCAACUGAUUCCUGCCAAGACAGCUCCCAAGAAGAAACUGCCCAUCAAGACGACCAAAAGUCUCUUCAGCGACGAUGACGAUGAUGAUGAUCUGUUUGGAGGAGGGGGAUCUACUUCCAAAGCUGGCACCUCCAAGCAGACGAGGGCUUCAAGCCGUUCUGUUACUAAACCCGCUCCCAGCAAGACCUCCACAGCGGGCUCCGCAAAAACUCCCAGCGAUAAUCCCCUAGCCGAUUUGCUUUUUGAGUGAAAACAUUAUUGCCUUUUAUUACAAAUAUGUACAAUUGUCGAUCUGUGGAUGGUUAGACUGUCGAUCAGAGUAUUGUUAUCCGUAUUUCUAGUAACUAAAAUAAACAAUGAAUAUCAAUUCCGAUGAGCGGUCGAUUCUUAAAACUAAUAACUUGGGGUUUCGUUGUGAUCUGGUCACAAGAUAGUCGAUGAUUUAACCAGUUAUUCUAUAGCUACGUCUACAACCUCGCUAUUUGCAGAAUCAAUUGUUUGAAAAAGCAAUUAUUUCAAUGUUUGUGUGUCUGAUGGAAAACAGGUUCCCUAUUUGAUCUUUUGAACUAAUUGCGAUGAUAGCUUCCUUUAUUUACAAUAAAAAUUGUUAGGAAA